AUGGAAAACAACAACGCUAUCAUUAUUGUCGGAGCCGGUUGCAUUGGACUUUGCACUGCAUACGAGUUGUCCAAGUCCUUCGAUGAUCAGGAGCGUAUGCCCCGUAUUAUCGUCGCUGAGGCAUGCGACAGACCAUUCGCUGCUGCUUCGUCAGCUUGCACAGGCGACGGCAAGGGCCUUGAAAGGCUCCCCAACUGGAUCAAGACAGAGACAUCUUGGGAUGUUGACAACCAGGUUCUUGGGGUAAAUACAGCUACUGUAAACCCGCUUGGUUUAGGCAAAUGGCUGACACAGCAAUGCCUCGCGAGAGGCGUCAGAAUCAUGUUAAACUCAGAGAUUCUUGGGGUUGAACUACCCACCCUGAACGGGUUGCAGGCUAUAACUUUGAGGAUAAAUAGUCAGCAGAAGGCAACUAUUGCAUGCAAGCAAAUGCUCUUAGCUUGUGGACCAUGGACUCCAACUGUGUUUCAGAGGCUGUUUCCGGCGGCACCCAUCCGUCUACGGUGGACUACAGAUGCCGGUGACUGGAUUAUUUUCAGGAAUCCUCGCCUGGCAACACUUGAGAGUACUGCCUUCGUCUCGUUUGAGCCACUCAUUGGAGAAAAGUUUGAAUUCGCUGGUCGGAACGACGGAACUAUCUGGGCAUGUGGCCGACGAAAUUUCGAAGCGACACUGCCAUCACCAGGUCAAUCAAAUGAACCAGAUCAAGAGCUAAUUCAAGAAAUUAGUGAAUUGGCACACAAGUGGCUCAACUUGAAUUGCACCCAUCCAGAGUGGCAUUGUGAUGACGUCCAGAUACUCGGGAAAGGCAGGGCUUUUAGGCGGGCAACUGAAUCUGGGCUUCCUGUAAUGUCAGAGGUGACGUCUUCGGGCAUCAGUCCAAAGGAUGCGUCGGUUCCUACUGGAAUAUUUGUCUGCUGGGGUCAUGGCUCGUGGGGUCUGACGCUGGGAAUGGGCAGUGGCCGAGUCAUGAGUCAGUUAAUGCGUGAAGAGAAGCCUGAUAUUGAUAUAUCUCGCUUUUCUUUGGAACAGGGCACAAUUCCGGCAGAACUUCACUCCAAAUCGCUGUAG